AUGCGGCAACGAAGGGAUCCUGUGCAUCUUCAGCAGAAGUCGGUGAAUCAUAGAGAGAAACGGACAUUUAGGAAUGAGGUGAACUCUGGUGAAGUAGAGAGCGUUGUACAAGGAGGGGUCCCCGCAAAACCUUCAAGCAUCCCUCUGUUGCUUAGCUUUCUCUGUCGCAUCCCCCAUCCACCAUCAGUCAUCUAUCUUCUAUCAGAAUCACCAUCAUCAUUCAUCUUCAAACUUGCGUUUUCUUAUCAACAGCGAAAUAACAAAUUCUUGCUAUUCUGCGAGACAAAGACUCCCCUGCGUAUUGCAAAGAAAAUUUGCCCGCUAGCAGCUGCAAAAGAGCGCAAAGCCACUCCGCGCACGACGCUCUCGUCAAAGAACCCCUUCUUCCUGCAGAAACCUCAUAAAAAUCAGAUCCGAGCUCCCAACAGACUCAAGUCCCGGUUCCUGUUCCCUUAA